AAUCUACUAAUUUUGUAAAAAUAGCCGGCUGAAUUCUGCAUUAUGUGCGUGGCCGGAGCAUAAAUCCAACUCACAUACAUAGAUUAUUAUAUAUAUAUAUAUAUGCACCAAUCUGUAAUCCUCCGAUUUAUCAUCGUUGCAGCUUGCACACAGUUUCUCUGAUUGCCCAAUUAAUCAGCGUGCCCUAGAUCCACGCACACAAUACUGCAUACGUAUACAUACAUACAUGCAUACAUACAUACAUCUCAACUCCUCCGAUCUUCUUUUCCGAGCUCCUCCUUGCCGACUUCAAGUCAGCUUCAAUUCGAUAUAGAAUCCAUUGCUGUGCUGCCUGCUUUAGGCAGAUAGGCCAAGGUUACUCCUGCUCAUUUUGCACUUUGAGGGGAGAGGUGAAGGAAUACACAAGCUAUCUAUAGGAGUGGACCUGUGAUGCAUAAUUUCUAGAUGAAGUCAGCUCAGGCAUGGCGGCUAGGAAUGAAAGACAUGCAAAUAAUGCCUGCGCCUCGCCAGCGUGGUCCAUUAAGAAAGCCAACAUGGAUUAUUGUGUUGGUGUCAUUAGUUAGCUUGUUCCUGGUCUGUGCAUAUGUCUAUCCACCUCAAAAUUCAGCAGCAUGCUAUGUUUUCUCAUCUCGUGGUUGUAAGGGAAUGCCUAGUUGGCUUCCACCUUCUCCUAUUAGAGAACUAACUGAUGAAGAAAUAGCCGCCCGUGUCGUAAUUAGAGAUAUUUUGAAUAUGCCUCCUGCUAUACAAACAACUCCAAAAAUUGCUUUCCUAUAUCUCACACCAGGUGCAUUGCCGUUCGAGAAGCUGUGGGAUAAAUUCUUCCAGGGUCAUGAAGGUAGAUUCUCUGUCUACGUCCAUGCAUCCAAGGAUAAACCUGUACAUUUUAGCCGUUACUUUAUCAAUCGGGAAAUUCGUAGCAGCUCGGUUUUACAGGUAGGAUGGGGAAAAAUUUCAAUGGUUGAUGCAGAAAGAAGGCUUUUAGGACAUGCACUGAAAGAUCCUGGGAACCAACAUUUUGUACUGCUUUCUGACAGCUGCAUACCACUUCGUGAUUUUGAUUUUGCGUACAACUAUCUCAUGUACACAAAUGUGAGCUUUGUGGAUAGCUUUGAGGAUCCUGGCCCACAUGGAAGUGGUAGAUACAGUGAAAAUAUGUUACCUGAAGUUGAGAAGAGAGACUUCCGUAAGGGCGCUCAGUGGUUCACAAUGAAGCGGCAACAUGCUGUUAUAGUCAUGACCGAUAAUCUGUACUAUUCGAAGUUCAGAGACUAUUGCAGGCCAGGCAUGGAAAAGGGACGCAACUGCUACUCUGAUGAGCACUAUUUACCCACCUUUUUCUAUAUGUUUGAUCCAGUUGGGGUAGCCAACUGGUCAGUAACACACGUUGACUGGUCCGAAGGAAAGUGGCAUCCGAAGUCAUACAGGGCACUGGAUGUGACAUAUGAGCUGAUGAGAAAUAUCACAUCCAUUUCAGACAGUGUGCACGUUACAAGUGAAGAAAGGAAGCAAGUCCAGAUUACACCAUGUCUGUGGAAUGGGAAUCCACGUCCGUGCUAUUUGUUUGCACGGAAAUUUUUGCCUGAAACCCUUGACAACUUAAUCCAACUCUUCCCCAAUUAUACGUCAAUUUGAGUGAGAGAUGACUUUAAUACUGAUUCUUUGUGGAUUAGAGCGCAUCACACCCUUUGUCUCCGCCUCAGUUUUAACUUUCUGCUCCGGGGUAAAGAAGCACUGGCUUCUUUCGGAUAGCAUGCAAGGGUAAAGGUGGCAGAAAGUGGUGGGAAGUCAUCGGAAAGUAGCUGAAGGUGAAGACAUGGGAAGUGUUGGGGACACAACUCUUUGAUGUUGUUUAAUUCUUCCCGCAAUUUGGGAUUUAUGUUUACAUUGAAAACAUUGGGGACUCUCUAAUGCUGACCUUUUGUAGAAGUUGGAUUAUCAAGUUGAAAAUAUGGCAUUCGCAGUGGCAGAUACGGAUACUCUCUCUCAUUCAUUUAUACAUAAUUGUUUAAAAUUGUCA